AUGGACAGCGUGGCAAUUCUUGCCCGGAAGAGGUUAGGUCCCAUUUUGCUACGCAGGGUAAAAAUGGCCGGUUCAACGUCAACGAUGGAGGCUACGCAGAGGAAAGUGAAAACCGCCGUCGAUGGAAUGAUCGACGAAUUGGAUCGGUCAUACUUACGUGACAUGCAGAAGCAAAUGUUUUUGUGUUCUGCGAAGGGUAAUCAGUCCAGAUGCUGCGAGCACAAAGACAGUACACGUGAGAUCGUUGAGAAACCUGCGUGA